AUGGGAAGCUUUGGUAAAUUGGGGCAUUGGCCUCUACUUGCAUUUACUUUAGCAAUUUGCUUAGUAGCCAGCACUGUUGUUGCUGAUUACUCUUAUGGUUACACUUCUCCCUCUCCUUCAAAGUACUACAAGUCGCCUGUUCCAUCAAAGUACCAUAGUCAUUCGUAUAAACAUUCUCCAUCCCACUAUUACAAGUCGCCUGCUCCUUCAAAGUACCAUAGUCAUGUAACGGUCACUUAUAAACAUUCUCCAUCACACUAUUACAAAUCACCUGCUCCUUCAAAGCACAACUACAAGUCCCCAUCGACAAUUAAGUAUUACAAGUCUCAUGUUCCUUCAGUACCAUACUACAAACCAUCUCCAUCUUACUACAAAUCUUCUCCACCUCCACCACCAAAAUACAUUGAGAAAUCACCAACUUACUAUAAGUCACCUCCUCCACCGUACUACAAACCAUCUCCAUCUUAUAAAUCUCCUCCACCUCCACCAAAGUACGUUGAGAAAUCACCAACAUACUAUAAAUCACCUCCUCCACCACCAUACUACAAACCAUCUCCAUCUUACUACAAAUCCUCUCCACCUCCACCAAAGUACGUUGAGAAAUCACCAACAUACUAUAAAUCACCUCCCCCACCAUACUACAAACCAUCUCCAUCUUACUACAAAUCCUCUCCACCUCCACCAAAGUACGUCGAGAUUUCACCAGCUUACUACAAGUCGCCCCCUCCACCAUACUACAAGCCUUCUCCAUCUUACUACAAAUCUCCACCACCUCCACUAAAGUAUGUCGAGAAAUCUCCAGUUUACUACAAGUCACCCUCUCCACCAUACUACAAGCCAUCUCCAUCUUACUACAAAUCCUCUCCACCACCACCAAAGUAUGUCGAGAAAUCACCAGCUUACUACAAGUCGCCCCCUCCACCAUACUACAAGCCAUCUCCAUCUUACUACAAAUCCUCUCCACCUCCACCAAAGUAUGUCGAGAAAUCACCAACUUACUACAAGUCGCCCCCUCCACCAUACUACAAACCUUCUCCAUCUUACUACAAAUCCCCACCACCUCCACCAAAGUAUGUCGAGAAAUCACCAGCCUACUACAAGUCACCCCCUCCACCAUACUACANC